AUGAAGCUCACUGCUGCGCUCGCGCUGGUCUCUCCGAUUGUCGCCGUCUCUGCUGCCCGAUUCGGAGCCGGUAGGACCACGGCGCGGGAUGACAGGGUCAGCUACGAUGGCUACCAGGUCCACCGCGUAUCAACGGCCAACGCGCCACGCCAACUCUCCCGCCUGAGCUCGUUUCCGUCCAUCGACCUGAAGGGCUUCGUUGAAGUUGCGAUUCCACCCAGUGAGGUUGAAAAAUUCAAGUCUCUGGGAUUGGACGCGCAGCUUCUAGACGAGGAUCUCGGCAGGGCGAUCCAGGCUGAGUCGAAGGCCGAGAAGAAGCCCGUUUUAACCAAGAGGGGCGAGCUGCCGGACCUGAGCUGGUUCGACUCAUACCACUCGUACGACGACCAUGUCCAGUACUGGAGAGACAUCCACGCUGCUUUCCCUGAGAACUCGGAGUGGCUGGACGUUGGUGCCUCCUAUGAGGGUCGCAGCAUCUUUGGGUUGCGGCUUUGGGGCGGCAAAGACGCCAGCACCAAGCCCAUUGUCCUCUGGCAUGGCACUGUUCAUGCCAGGGAGUGGAUUACCACGAUGACUGUCGAGUACUUGACAUACCAACUCAUCGACGGCUACAAGUCUGGGGACCAAAACGUCACAGCCUUCUUCGACGCGUACGACUUUUACAUUGUGCCCUUUCACAAUCCUGACGGCUUCGUGUACAGCCAGACCACAAACCGCCUCUGGCGGAAGAACCGCCAGCCGCGCUCCAACACGAUCUGCAUCGGCACCGACGGCAACCGCAACUGGGACUUCCAAUGGGACUACCCCCUCGAAGACGGCAGCGUCUCCGCCAACCCGUGCGGCGAGACCUUUCGCGGCAUCGCCCCCGGCGACACGCCCGAAAACGUCGUCCUCUCGGCCCUCUCCCGCGAGCUGGCCGCCUCUGCCGGUGGUGUCCGUCUCUUCAUCGACUGGCACAGCUACUCGCAGCUCAUCCUGCUCCCCUGGGGCUUCUCCUGCGAGCCCGACGUGCUGCCCAAGAACCUCCAGGCGCAGCGCGACGUCGGCGCAGGGUAUGCAGCGACGAUUGCGGCGACGAGCGGUGAGGAGUACGAGGUCGGCCCGUCGUGUGAGAUUCUGUACUACUCGACGGGAUCUGCGAGGGACUUCCACCAUGGCGCUUUGAACGCGACGUACUCGUGGAGUGUCGAGCUGAGACCCAAGAGCGGCGGGACCGGGGGCUCCGGGUUCAUCUUGCCACCAGAGUUUAUUCUACCAACGGCCGAGGAGCACUGGGAGGGGAUCAAGUACGUGCUGGGUGCUGUUGGCAAGUAG